AUGGCCGACACUAUCAUCCACCAAGAUGAGCCGCAAGGUGUUGGCAACAUGGAGCUCAAGGACAACACCGUCGUGGUGGUCCUUGGUGCGUCCGGCGACCUUGCGAAGAAGAAGACCUUCCCGGCACUGUUCGGCCUCUAUCGCAAUGGCUUCCUCCCCAAGGAUGUCAAGAUCGUGGGCUAUGCCCGGACGAAGAUGGACCACGAAGAGUACCUGCGUCGCGUCAAGAGCCACAUCAAGACGCCCACAAAAGAGUUGGAGCAGCAGUCUGAAGAGUUCUGCAAACUCACCACCUACGUGAGCGGGCAGUACGACCAGGACGACAGCUUUCAGAACCUGGAGAAGCACCUGCAGGAGGUGGAGAAGGGACAGAAGGUCAACAACAGAGUGUUCUAUAUGGCCCUGCCUCCCAGCGUGUUCAUUCCCGUCAGCGAGCACCUGAAGAGGAACAACUACCCCAAGAGCGGCAUUGCUCGCAUCAUCAUCGAGAAGCCGUUCGGCAAGGACCUGGAGUCCUCUCGUGAGCUCGAUCGCGCUCUGCGGCCCAACUGGAAGGAGGAGGAGACCUUCCGUAUCGAUCACUAUCUCGGCAAGGAGAUGGUGAAGAACAUCCUCAUCCUCAGGUUCGGCAAUGAGUUCUUCGGCGCAACCUGGAACCGCAACCACAUCGACAAUGUGCAGAUUACCUUCAAGGAGCCCUUCGGUACUGAGGGUCGUGGCGGGUACUUUGACGAGUUUGGCAUUAUCCGCGACGUGAUGCAGAACCAUCUCCUGCAGGUGCUCACGCUCUUGGCGAUGGAGAGGCCAAUCUCUUUCUCCUCUGAGGACAUCCGUGACGAGAAGGUGCGCGUGCUUCGCGGCAUGCCCUCCAUCGAGCCCAAGAACGUCAUCAUCGGCCAGUACGAGAAGUCGCUGGACGGCACGAAGCCUGGUUACAAGGAGGACGACACUGUUCCCAAGGAGUCGCGCUGCCCUACGUUCACUAGCAUGGUCGCAUACAUCAAGAACGAGCGCUGGGACGGUGUUCCUUUCAUUCUCAAGGCUGGCAAGGCUCUCAACGAGCAGAAGACGGAGGUGCGCAUUCAAUACAAGGACGUGACGAGCGGAAUCUUCAAGGACAUCCCCCGCAACGAGCUGGUGCUUCGCGUGCAGCCCAACGAGAGCAUCUACAUCAAGAUGAACUCCAAGCUGCCUGGCUUGAGCAUGCAGACCACCGUCACAGAGCUCGACCUCACCUAUCGGAGACGCUUCUCUGACCUCAAGAUUCCUGAGGCGUACGAGUCGCUCAUCCUCGACUCGCUGAAGGGCGACCACAGCAACUUCGUGCGUGACGACGAGCUUGACGCUUCGUGGCGCAUCUUCACCCCACUCCUCCACUACCUGGAUGACAACAAGGAGAUCGUGCCCAUGGGCUACCCGUACGGCUCCCGCGGCCCCGCCGUCCUUGACGACUUCACCGCCAGCUACGGCUACAAGUUCUCCGACGCCGCCGGCUACCAAUGGCCCCAGUCGUCCACAGAGCCCAACAAGCUCUGA